AAAAAAAAAAAAAAAAAAACAGUAGAUUGGAGGUAAGCAUGGAUCAGUUCAUUAUCUCAAUUUGUGCAAAAAUUAGUGAAUAUACAGUUGCACCAGUUGUUCAUGGAUUGGGUUAUUCCUGCCACUACAAAACAAAUGUAGACAACCUUAAGACGCAAAUUCAGCUUUUGGAAGGUGCAAAAGACCGCGUGCAACAUUCGGUUGAUGAGGCUACAAGAAACGGUGAGGAAAUUGAAGCUGAUGUUCAUAAUUGGGUGAUCAGGGUAACCAACGUUGCUAAAAAUGCUGGAGAUUUUUUCAAACAUGAAGACCAUGCGAAUCCCAUGUGUUCUUGCAAGAUCUUUCAAAUGUUGGUGUCAAGACAUAAGCUGAGCAAGAAAGCAGAGACCAUGGCUAAGGCUGCCGAUGCUGAAAUCAAACUUGCAAUCACAAUAUUAUCCCAAAAGGUUUCUUAUGCUGUCCCUCCAAAGGGCGUCAUUGAAUUCGGACAUGGUGGCUACAUGACUUUUGAUUCAAGAAUCUACACCAUCAAGAACAUUAUGGAUACUUUAAGAAAUCCUAAUGUUAGGAUGGUUGGGAUUUAUGGCAUGGCUGGCAUCGGAAAAACCAUGCUUGCUAAAGAGGUUGCUAGACAAGCCAUGGAAGAGAAGUUAUUCGAUAAGAUGGUUAAGGUCACUAUAUCCCAAACUCCUGAUGUUAAAAAUAUUCAAAGAGAAAUUGCAGAGCAUCUAGGCCUAAAACUUGAUGAGGAAAGCAUAUCUGUUAGAGCAGAACGAUUGUCUCGUCGUCUGGGGCAAGAAAAGAAGAUCCUUGUAGUUCUAGAUGAUGUCUGGAAGAAAUUGGAGCUGCAUGAAGUGGGAAUUGCUUUUGGGAAUGACAAGAACGGAUGCAAGAUACUGCUCACCUCAAGGUUUGAAGAUGUGGUGCAGAGUGAAAUGGGAGCUGAGAAGAUAUUCUUGCUUGGAGUUUUAUAUGAUAAUGAAGCAAAAGAUUUGUUUGGAAAAAUUGUGGGGGAUUCAAUGAUGAAGAACCCCGAGUUCCAACCUUUGGCAAGCGAUAUUAUCAAAGAAUGCGAAGGCUUACCAAUUGCUAUAGAAACGGUUGCAAAUGCAUUGAAGAACAGAAAAUCUCCUUUAUGGGAAAAUGCCUUGCAAGAGCUAAGAAGGUCUGUUCCAACUAACAUCAAAGGCAUGCACGAAAAAGUCUAUUCGAGUAUAAAGCUGAGUUAUAACUAUUUAGAAAGUGAUGAAGCAAAGUUGAUGCUGCUAUUUAUUGGUUUAUAUCCAGAAGAUUAUUACAUAGCCUUUAUCACCUUCUUCAUAUGUGGCAUUGGAUUGGAAUUAUUUCAAGGAAUCAAAGGAUUAGAACAGGCUGAUAACAAGGUGGUUACACUGGUUGAGAGUCUAAAGACUUGUUGUUUUCUGUCGGAUGGUCCUCUCCCUCGUACGGUCACAAUGCAUGAUGUAAUUCAAGAUGUUGUCAUCUCAAUUGGGUCCCAGGAAAAGCAAAUGUUUCGCUUUAGAAAUUAUGAUCCGGAGGUGGAAGACAGUAAAAAACUCAAAGAUGCAACCGCAAUUUCACUGCUGUAUAGCACUGAUGAUCCUCGACUUCCUGAAAGGUUAAAAUGUCCGCAACUCAAGUUUCUUUUAGUGCUCUGCUAUAAUCUAUCUCUAUGGAGUGAUCAUUAUUCCCAAAUGUCAAACCAUUUUUUUGAAGAAAUAAAGGAUCUUAGAGUUCUAGAGUUGUAUCAUUUGUGUUUAACAACUCUGCCUAGAUCAUUUUGUUUCCUUCAAAAUCUUCAAAGUCUAGGUCUGUACGAAUGUGACUUAGGAGAUGUGGCUUUGAUUGGAGAGUUGAAGAGUUUGAAAAUUCUUGUUAUUGUUGGCUCUAAUAUCGUGGAAUUGCCAAAACAAAUAGGGCAGCUGACUCGUCUACAGUUAUUAUGUGUGACUGGUUGUCCCAAACUUGAAGUGAUCGAACGCAGUGUCAUAUCAAGUUUAAUACAUUUGGAAGAGUUGGAUUUCACAAAUAGCUUCACAAAAUGGGAUAUGGAUAGACUCAAUACUGACAGAAGAAAUGCUAGUCUUAUUGAGUUAAAGAAUUUGUCUCGAUUGAGCGCCUUACGUAUACACAUACCGGAUUUUAACACUCUGCCAAAAGGCUUGUUUUCUAUGAAGUUGACGAAAUAUUUCAUAAUAAUAGGACGUUUUCAGAUGCGCAUCUCAAAUGAUAUUUAUAAAAUGAGAUCAAGUUUAAAUUGUUCAAGAAUAUUGGGACUUGAGCUCAACAUAAGAAGAUUGUGGGACGAUCCUGGUCUUGAAAUGUUGUUGAAAAGAUCUGAAGAUCUCUUACUAUACCGACCAAAAGGCGUGAACAAUCUUGUUCCUGAAUUAGAUCGAGAGGGUUUCCCACAGUUGAAGUGUCUCAUAAUUGCGAAGAACGAUGAUAUGGAAUGCAUCAUUAAUCCCAUGGAGCAAAAUCAUCCCUGCUCUGCUUUUCUAAGCUUGGAGGUAUUGUAUCUUAAGAAACUAAUGAACUUGGAAAAGAUAUGCCAUGGCAAACUUUCAACAGAUUCUUUUGGCAAAUUAAGAGCUGUAAUUGUGGAAGAUUGUGAUAGAUUGAAGAAUCUCUUCUCGUUCUCCAUUGCCAAACAGCUUGAGGAACUUAAUGUUAUCAAAUGUAAGAUAAUGACAGAGAUAGUUAUUUAUUUAAGAGACGAUGAUCCCUGCAUCAUUCCUGCUGAAGCGAUUGCUAAGUUUGAGUUUCCUCAGUUGCAGUCUUUGACUUUGGAAUCUUUACCCGAGCUCGUUUAUUUUUUCCAUGAUGGAUCUGAGGCCCCUUUCACAAGUCAAAAAGAAGAUAUAGGUCGCAUAUCUUUGUUCAACACAAUGGUUGCAUUUCCUAGCUUGAAGUCUUUAACAUUGUCUGCAGUCAACUCCGAAAUGUUAUGGCCAGACCAACUUCCAGAAACCUUCAAGAUGCAGAAUCUAAAAAGCUUGAGGGUUGACGGCUGCAAUAGUUUAAAGCAUAUAUUAUCUUUUUCUAUGGCCCGAAGCCUUGUACAGCUUCAGCACCUAGAGGUACGUCAAUGUACUGUUAUGGAAGAGGCACUAACCAUAAAUGAUCUAAGAAACUCAGACGGGAUGGAUAAGAAACUGCUUCCCAAUCUAAAAUCUUUGCAUUUAGAAGAACUCCCAAACCUCAAAAGGUUUUGCUCCAAAAGUUGGAUAAAAUUCCUUACCAUGGAGAGAUUGAGUAUAGAUGCUUGUCCAAAAUUGGAAGUUGCAGAUUUACUUGGAGAGCUAAAGAAUUUAAAAUCCCUCUGCCUUUCUAGGUUAGAUAUUGUGGAGCUUUUGAGAGAAAUAGGACAAUUAACUUGUCUGCAGUCAUUAACUUUGAUAGAUUGUCCUAAACUUGAAAUGAUUGAACCCAAUAUCAUAUCAUGCUUACUAAGUUUAGAAGAAUUGAAAUUUCAAAAUAGUUUUACAAAAUGGGAGACUGAAGGAGUCAUCGGUGAAAAGAGUAAUGCACAUCUUUCCGAAUUAAAGAAUUUGGCUCAUUUAUCCACCUUACAUCUAGCUGUACCAGAUGUCAACAGUUUGCCAAAAGAUUUGUUUAGUACAAAACUGAAAAGAUAUAACAUAAAUAUAGGAGAAGACGAGCUCAAUGAGUUCAAGAAUUAUAACAAUUCGAGAAAGUUGGAGCUCAAACUCAACACAAGCAGUCUAUUAGAUCAGCAUGCGGGCCUUAAAAUUCUAAUGAAAGGGUCUGAAGAAUUGGGUUUAAAUGGAUUGGAGGGUCUGAACAAUGUUGUUUAUGAUUUAGAUUGGGAGGGUUUUCCACAAUUGAAGUUUUUUAAAUUCCAAAAUAAUGUUGGAAUUCAAUACAUAAUCAACUCAAUGGACAAGAUUCAUCCUUUUAGUGCCUUUGUAAGCUUGGAGUCUUUGGUUCUUGAAAAAUUGGUGAACCUUGAAAAACUCUGUCAUGGGAAACUCACAGACAAGUGUUUUGGAAAGUUACGAGAGAUAGAUGUAAGUAAUUGUAACAGAUUGAAGAGUCUUUUCUCAUUAUCUGAAGCAAAAAUUCUUUCGAAACUUGAAGAAAUCAGAGUGGCUGACUGCAAUAUGAUGGAGGAAAUAGUUAUCCAUGAAAUAGAAGAUGAUAACCAAAACAUUAGCAACAAAGUUGCUAAUAAGAUUGUCUUUCCAGAACUACAUUCCUUGAAGCUUAAAUCUCUUCCGAAAUUUGUACAAGUUUUCACUGAAAUGGAGACAAAUGGCACAUGUCCGAUUGGAGAGGAGGAAUUGGUUGCAACUAAUUUUCCCAUACCCUUUUCCAACGAAAAGGUUAAAUUUCCUAAGUUGAAAGCAUUGACACUGAAAGGUAUUGGCACCCCGAAUACAAUAUGGAAUUGUCAGGAUGAAGGCCAGCUCGGAGAUGAUAUAGAACAUGCUGGAAUACUUUCCCGUUUGGAAGGAUUAAAACUGAGUGAGCUGCCUCAGUUGAUGCAUUUAUGGGAGGAGGAUUACCACCCCGUAGGAAGAGCCUUCCACAACUUGAAAGCUCUAUUUGUGAGUAGAUGUGACAGAUUGAAGAACCUAGUGCCGUGUUCGAUAUCUUUCGAAAACUUGAGAUAUCUCAGUGUCAAAAUGCCAUGGAAUGGAGAAUUUAUUAACACCUUCAACAGCUAAAAGUCUGUCACAAUUGAGAAGAAUGAUCAUCACUGAAUGCAGAAGAAUGAUACAAAUAGUGGGAGAUCAUCAAAAGGGAAGUGAUGAAAGUGAAGGUGAAAUUGUCUUUUCUCGUUUGCAAGUUUUGGAACUUGGCAAUCUGCCCAGCCUAACGAGUUUCUAUUCAGGAAGUAAUCAUAUCUUGAGAUUUCCAAAUUUGGAAGGGGUAUUUGUAAAGUCCUGCUGUCAGAUGCGGAGUUUCUGCAAUGGAGAAGUUAGCACUCCGGAACUGAAGAAAUUAAUAUUAAGUGCAGUGAAGGAAGAUGAAUAUCAUAGUGAUGAUGAGUAUUCUAUAGAUGGGGAUGAUGAUUAUGAAGAUGAAGAAUGGGAUGUUGAUGAUAAGUAUGGUGAUCGGCCAAUGAUGGAGUUAAAGGAGGGUGAUAUUAAUGCCACUAUUAGACAAUUAUCAGAAAGCGGCCCGGUUGAUACUUGAUAGCAAGGGUCGCGUUGAAUUGAACUCACUAGAAGUGUAUUUGAUUAAUUUUAGUUCAUUCAAAUUUCAUAUAGUUUAGCUAAAAUUUCAUAUGGCUUGAAUUUUAUGCUAAAACUGAGAAAUUUGAGAUUGUUUCUUUUGGAUGAACCACACUAGUACCUGUGAAUUUCAAUUAUAAGUUAUUUAUGUUUUUAUUUAACUCUUUGUAUUUAUUAACUAAAAAAGUUAUACUCUGAAAAGUUUCAAAUCCACCGGCUACCGAGACAAUGAAAAAAACAACAUUCAUGUUUC